UAGAAAUGACACAUAGCUUUCUAAAAACUGACCAGACACACCUUCCCAACUUGAAUCAAAUAUACAAAAAUCAUCAUCCAAUCUUCUUCUCCAACCCAUAUUUCCCUUACCACCUUUUUCCCACAAUGCCUGUAUCCACUGCAACACUAGGCUCAGUUUCUUUCCUUUCCCAGCUCUUCAAUCCCGAUGUUUCCUCAUUAUCUUGUUUCUUAAACCACGCAAAGCUCUCCACUUUAUACUCCAAACCUUCCCUUCUCAAAAAACCUUCAUCGUCAUCAUUAUAUAAUCUUAAAGUCUCUGCUUCAUCUGCUUCAGCUAAUCCCAAGACUGAUAACUCCCAACAAGCUGAAGCUGCUGUUACUGCUAUUCUUGACAACUCUGUAUCCACUGAUGAGAUUAAACCAGCACCAGCACCAGCACCAGCACGGAGGUCUGCUGAUUGGAAGGCAGCUAGGGCAUAUUUGCACAGUGGGUUCAUCUAUGGAGGUAGAGUUGAAGGAUUUAAUGGUGGUGGUUUGCUGGUUCGCUUUUAUUCUCUUGUGGGUUUCCUUCCUUUUCCUCAAUUGAGUCCUUCACAUUCUUGUAAAGAACCCGACAAAACUAUCCAUCAGAUUGCCAAAGGUUUGGUUGGUUCAAUUCUUUCAGUGAAGGUAAUCCAAGCAGAAGAAGAGAGCAGGAAAUUGAUAUUCUCGGAAAAGGAAGCUGUAUGGACAAAGUUUUCUACACAAAUUAAUGUAGGCGAUGUUUUUGAAGGAAAGGUCGGUUCUGUUGAGGAUUAUGGUGCCUUUGUUCACUUACGCUUCCCAGAUGGACUUUAUCAUCUCACCGGACUAGUUCAUGUCUCCGAGGUUUCUUGGGAUUUAGUUCAAGAUGUUCGAGACAUCUUGACUGAGGGGGAUGAUGUUAGAGUGAAGCUUGUUAAUAUUGAUCGGGGCAAGUCGAGGUUAACUCUAUCGAUCAAACAGUUGGAGGAAGAUCCACUGUUGGAAACAUUGGAUAAAGUGAUCCCUCAGGAAGGUUCGGCUGAUUCUGAUUCCUUGACUACAAGCAAUAGUAGUACCAUUGAACCGCUUCCGGGGCUUGACGCAAUAUUUAAAGAGCUUUUGCAGGAAGACGGUAUAAAUGAUGUGCGAAUUAGUCGACAAGGGUUUGAAAAACGGGUAGUUUCUCAAGAUUUGCAGCUUUGGCUUUCAAAUGCACCACCUAGUGACAAUAUGUUCACCCUCCUAGCUCGUGCGGGAAGACAGGUAAAUCCGUCAUGUGAUCAUUUCGGUUUUUUUGUGUCGAGCUUUUUCGUGUUUAAUUUAGAUUUUAUUUCGAGUUCAGGUUCAGGAGAUUCAACUGGCAACAUCCCUUGAUCAAGAAGGUAUCAAAAAGGCUUUACAGCGAGUACUGGAACGUGUUCCUUGAUUCUAAUUUUCACUGCGACUGCUGUUUAUCAUUUCAGGUUAUUUAUCCAGUUUUUAUAAAUUUUUUUUAAAACUUGUAAUCUUGUUUUCCACUUUAAUGUUUAUUUUGUACAAAAAGUUAUAGGAGUGGAGCACAUACUCUAAUCUAUAUGUGCUAAUAGUUUAUAUCAUAAACAUUGAUCCACAUUCUUGGUGUUUAUUUUGUUUAAAAAUUAAAAGAUUUAGUUUACCCAAAAAAAAUAAAGAAUUUAGUGCAGAGAUCCGUUUAUACCGGUAUAAAA